AUAAUAUUCCGGCCUAUAACCACGUGAGAAAAUAUUUUGACGAAAUCAUUUUCUAGAAAAUAGUUUCAUACAACCAAACUUGUGGAUGGUGUGUUGAUCUCCGACCUUGGUUUCUCUCUCUGCAAGUUAAAUUGAUGACUCCAUUACGGUGAUCUCGACACCCCUCUGUGUCUCUCUGCAAGUUAAUUGAUCACUCCAUUAUUGUAAUCUCGGUGGCCGUAAUUUUUGAAGCGGAUCUCUUCCGCACCGGUUCUGUGAGAAUUAUUGUAUUUACUGGGUUGAUAUGCAAAAUCCAUGAAGAAAGAGAGUGAGGGUUCUACUUCCUCAGAUCGUGAUGGGGCAGAAGAGGAAACGGAGGCUGUGGAAUUAGUGUUGUUUCAUGUGAGCGAGUGCUAUGUAUAUCUGAUACCGCCAAGGAAGAGUGCAGCUUCUUACAGGGCUGAUGAAUGGAAUGUAAAUAAAUGGGCUUGGGAAGGUUCAUUGAAAGUCAUCAGCAAAGGGGAGGAAUGUAUAAUUAGACUUGAAGACAAGAAUACUGGUGAGCUUUAUGCUCAAUCAUUUCUUAGGAAAGGGGAGCCACACCCAGUGGAGCCUGUAAUCGACAGCAGCAGAUACUUUGUUCUAAGAGUUGAAGAAAAUUUUGGUGGUCGUGUGCGGCAUGCAUUCCUUGGAAUAGGUUUCCGCGAAAGGCCUCAAGCUUAUGACUUUCAAGCUGCUCUUCAUGAUCAUAUGAAAUAUUUGAACAAAAAGAAGACUGCUGAAGAGAUGGAACAACAUUAUCAGUCAGCGUCCUCUGUGGAUUACAGUCUGAAGGAAGGGGAGACCCUUGUGUUGCAGCUUAAAACUAAAGAAGGUCGAAGUGUGAGGUCUGCAUUUUUUGAGAGAGGGCUCAACAACCUCUCUUUGGAAGACAAACCAACAGGAGAAGCACCGAUCAGUCUUAAGCCACCUCCACCUCCUCCAGCACCUCUUACACCAUCGAAUGCUCAGAGAACGAUGGUGCAUGAGCAACUUCAGGUGCACACUAGUAAUGGUGUUACCAUGCAAUACAAAGAGAAAGACGAGUCCAAAGAAUGCCUUGAUUUGGAACAUGAACGUGUGAAUGAUAUUCUAGAGGACGACUUUGGAGAUUUUCAGACAGCUGAUUGAUUUUCAUUUGGUAAAGAUUGUUUUGUUACAUGGUUUGACUGACUGAACCAUCUGCGGUUGGUUGUUUGGAGUACUGCAUCAUGUGUGUAAAUAGAUAUUUUGCAGUUUGAUUCUUAAGCAUCCAUUUCUCUCUCUCUCUCUC